AUGUCGGCCCUCUCAGAGGCCUCUACGCCGGCCCAGGACGGGGCCCCUCCGUCGAUCGACACCCAACAACUCCAACAACACAACCAACAACUCCCCGUCGACCUCCAGCAGCAGCAGGGCCAGCCGAUCCCCGGCUCGUCCUCCGCCGCGUCCGCCGAUGGCUCCCGCAAGCCCAAGGCGCCCUCCGUCCGUCGGGCCUGCACCGCUUGCCACGCCGGUAAAACCAGAUGUAGCGAAGCUCUGCCGUGCCAGAGCUGCUUGAAGAGAGGGCUCGGUGCCAGUUGCACCUACCCCGAUCCCGACGCCGAUCCGCAGAACCACCAGAACCAGGCUCAGCCACCCCAAGUGCCGCCGUUUGCUGCUGCGAUGGCGUACCCUCCGCCAAUGCAGGGUCUGACGCACCCGCACUAUUACGACUACAACAGCAACUUCGUUGCGAACCCCCCUGCAACGCAGGCCGCACCGGCAGCGUCGACCUCGACGUUCCGCCCGGCGAAACGACCGCGACCGCUCACCGAGGAGGAGACCGCUGCAAUCACGCGCAACUUCACGCGCGGCGACUUCUUCGUCGGCUCCAGUGCGCCCGUGCGCAUCGACCCGCGUCUGCCCGUCCGUCUCACGCUGGCGGAGGGCGACCAGGUCCACUUCUCCAUCGGAGAGGCCAUCGUUUGAUCCACUGUUUCCUUACACUUACUGGGCAUGGGCGACGGACAUUGUGUAUUUGUAUCUGUCUGUUUUGAGCCAGCUAUCUUGUUCUGGAGCGCCGUCGUAUGUAUUUAUUAGGCGAUAUUCACUAGCAUGACGUCCGUUACCCC